AUGAGCUCACAGCGUGGUAAUGCUCAUCGACAUCGGCCACAAAAACACGCAAACAGCAAGGCCUUUGUUAACAAUUUGCACGAUACAUCCAAGCUAAUUGAAAAAUUAAGUCAGCUAGAAAUGCAUGGUUUGUGUCAGAGGUGCAAGGAAAUAAUCGAAUGGAAGAUCAAAUAUAAAAAAUACAAGCCCCUUACCAAACCUAGCACAUGUGUUAAGUGUAGUCAACGAAAUAUCAAGCGAGCCUAUUACACCGUUUGUGAAACCUGCAUAGCUAGUCUACACGUUUGUGGGAAAUGCGCCCAAAAUAACGAAAUUGUGGUUCCUCUACCUAAUCCAAAAGAGGAGGAAACAGAAAGGUUCUUCUUCGCCAAUCUAAAAAAGAUGCGGGAAAGGGAACGACGAACAAUAUUGCGAAUAAUGGAAUCUAAAAAGGAAGACACCGACUCCAAAGUUGCAGAAUACCUGGAUAAAGUUGAACUAUCCUCCAAUAGAGAAAAAUUAGACGAAGACUUUUUCGAUUCCCAAGAUGAGAACAGUGACGAUGAUUUCAAUAAUUCCGACGAUGAAUCAGAAUAG